AUGUGCUAUAAAGUCGUUGAACGCUACUCUGUCUGCAAAUGCCUCUACUUCGAACACUCGAUCGACCCAUGCUCUGCUUAUGGACAGCGCGGCCAUGAAGUACAGGAAAAGACUGUCCUGGUUGGUUAUACCUGUGACAAGCACUCCGGACACGGGUUAUCAGCUGUUUCGCCUGGUGCGAGGCAGUGGUCUGAUUCUGGGUAUGGGAGUCAGGAUAUGAGUGGGAGUGAUGGUGGAAGUGAGAGUGGGGAGGAAUGUUGGUAG